AUGGCAUUCGUCACACUCGACGCCUCGUUCGCCAUUCGUCUUCAAGGCGUCGCUGUCAAAGGGAAGCUAACGUGCGGGGGCAAGCCGUGGCGGAAUGCGAAGAUCAAGUUGUACGACAUAGACACGAGUGCGAGAUGACAUUUAAAAAGUAUGUAGUUGAGUUUUCAGACCCCGGGGACCCGGAUGAUCUUUUGGACGAAAAGUAUUCGGAUAAAGACGGAGAGUUCCGGGUGGAUGGGACCACGCGCGAAAUGACGAGCAUCGAUCCGGUUAUGUACAUUUACCACGACUGUGAUGACGGAAUAAGGGUACACUCUACCGUACUAUUGAAGGGAACAUCAGACAAUUUCAGCCUUGUCAGAAGCGGAUAACAUUGACAAUACCCAAAAAGUUUAUUCAUCACGGAAAAGCGACAGAGUGGAUGGACAUCGGAGAAAUGAAUUUGGAAUUGAUCUAUCCGGAGCAGGACAGAAGCUGUUAUCAUUAG